CGGACCCACGCCGCGGCCCGGCGCCCGGAGCGGCGCGGCCACUGCCCGGGGGCCGGCCCUCGGCCCCGGCGCUCGGAGCGCGGCGGCUGCCUGGGCUUUAAUGGCUGCUCGGAGGGGCAGCGCCUAGGGGUGGAAGCGGCUGCGGCGCAGGAAGGCGCCCGAGCGAGCCUCCUCAGGGGCCGGCCGCGCCUGCCGCGGCGCGCUCCAUGGGGGCCCGCUGACCCGGGGCGCCGGGGCCCGCUCGCUCGCCGGCCGCGCGUCCCGGCCAUGAACUGAGUCCGCGGGCCGGCCCCGCGCCUGCUCCGCCCGCUCCUUUCUUCUCGCGCCUCCUCCGCCCGCCGCCGGCGGGCCCGGCUCCCCGGGGGCUGCGGCGCCCCGGGCUCAGCGGCCCGCGGGCCCCGGGGCGCGGGGCGGCGGCGGCGGCGGGGGGCGCGCGGCUCCGGGCGCGGCGCCUGCACCAUGAACUACCAGCAGCAGCUGGCCAACUCGGCUGCCAUCCGGGCCGAGAUCCAGCGCUUCGAGUCGGUCCAUCCCAACAUCUACUCCAUCUACGAGCUGCUGGAGCGCGUGGACGAGCCGGUGCUGCAGAAUCAGAUCCGGGAGCACGUCAUCGCCAUCGAAGAUGCCUUUGUGAACAGCCAGGAAUGGACGCUCAGUCGCUCCGUCCCGGAGCUCAAAGUGGGGAUCGUGGGCAAUUUGGCCAGCGGCAAGUCAGCGCUGGUGCACCGCUACCUGACCGGCACCUACGUCCAGGAGGAAUCUCCCGAAGAUAUGGACGCAGGUGGCAGAUUCAAGAAAGAGAUUGUGGUUGACGGACAGAGCUAUCUGCUGCUGAUUAGAGAUGAAGGGGGCCCCCCAGAGGCACAGUUUGCCAUGUGGGUGGAUGCUGUGAUAUUCGUCUUCAGCUUGGAGGAUGAGAUCAGUUUCCAGACUGUGUACCACUACUACAGCCGGAUGGCCAACUACCGGAACACGGGCGACAUCCCGCUGGUCCUCGUGGGCACCCAGGACGCCAUCAGCUCCACCAACCCGCGGGUCAUCGACGACGCCCGGGCGCGGAAGCUCUCCAGCGACCUCAAGCGUUGCACCUACUAUGAGACCUGCGCCACGUACGGCCUGAACGUGGAGCGGGUCUUCCAGGACGUUGCGCAGAAGAUCGUGGCCACGAGGAAGAAGCAGCAGCUCUCCAUAGGACCCUGCAAGUCGCUCCCCAACUCCCCAAGCCACUCGUCCGUCUGCUCCGCCCAGGUGUCCGCCGUGCACAUCAGCCAGACAAGCAACGGAGGCGGCAGUUUAAGCGACUACUCCUCCUCCGUCCCGUCGACGCCCAGCACCAGCCAGAAGGAGCUGCGCAUCGAUGCCCCCCCCACGGCCAGCACGCCGACGCCUGUCCGGAAGCAGUCCAAGCGCCGCUCCAACCUCUUCACCUCUCGGAAAGGGAGUGACCCAGACAGAGAGAAGAAGGGCCUGGAGAACCGCGCGGACAGCAUCGGGAGCGGCCGCGCCAUCCCAAUUAAACAGGGGAUGUUGCUGAAGCGAAGUGGCAAAUCGCUGAACAAAGAGUGGAAGAAGAAAUACGUCACCCUGUGUGACAACGGCGUGCUGACCUACCACCCCAGUUUGCAUGAUUACAUGCAGAACGUGCACGGCAAAGAGAUCGACCUCCUGAGAACCACUGUGAAAGUCCCCGGGAAGAGGCCGCCCCGAGCCACGUCGGCCUGCGCGCCUGCCUCCAGCCCCAAAGCCAACGGCCUGUCCAAGGGCAUGAGCAGCUUACACAUCUCGCCGAACUCCGGGACUGUCACUAGUGCAUCUGGGUCUCAGAUGGCCAGCGGCGUCAGCCUGGGCUCCUUCAACAGCCGACCGGACGGCAUGCAGCAGCGGUCCUACUCCGUCUCCAGUGCCGACCAGUGGAGCGAGGCUACGGUCAUUGCAAACUCGGCCAUCAGCAGUGACACAGGCCUGGGCGACUCCCUGUGCUCCAGCCCGAGCAUCUCCAGCACCACCAGCCCCAAGCUCGACCCACCCCCCUCCCCCCACGCCAACAGAAAGAAGCACCGGAGGAAGAAAAGCGCCAGCAACUUCAAAGCCGACGGCCUGUCGGGCACCGCCGAAGAGCAAGAAGAAAACUUUGAGUUUAUCAUCGUGUCCCUCACUGGCCAGACGUGGCACUUUGAAGCCACCACGUACGAAGAGAGAGAUGCGUGGGUCCAAGCCAUCGAGAGCCAGAUCCUAGCCAGCCUCCAGUCGUGUGAAAGCAGCAAGAACAAGUCCCGGCUGACAAGCCAGAGCGAGGCCAUGGCCCUGCAGUCGAUACGGAGCCUCCGCGGGAACUCGCACUGCGUGGACUGCGAGACCCAGAACCCCAACUGGGCCAGCUUGAACCUGGGUGCCCUCAUGUGCAUCGAGUGCUCGGGGAUCCACCGGAAUCUCGGCACCCACCUCUCCCGGGUCCGAUCGCUCGACCUGGACGACUGGCCCAUCGAGCUCAUCAAGGUGAUGCUGUCCAUUGGGAACGAGCUGGCCAACAGCGUCUGGGAGGAGAGCUGCCAGGGACGGACGAAGCCCUCGCUGGACUCCACCAGGGAAGAGAAGGAGCGGUGGAUCCGGGCCAAGUACGAGCAGAAGCUGUUCCUGGCCCCGCGGCCCUGCCCCGAGCUGCCCCUGGGCCAGCACCUGCUGCGGGCCACCGCCGACGAGGACCUGCGGGCGGUCAUCCUGCUCCUGGCGCACGGCUCCCGGGACGAGGUGAACGCGACCUGCGGGGAGGCGGACGGCCGCACGGCGCUGCACCUGGCCUGCCGGAAGGGGAACGUGGUCCUGGCGCAGCUCCUGGUCUGGUACGGGGUGGACGUGAUGGCCCGCGACGCCCACGGGAACACGGCACUGGCCUACGCCCGGCAGGCGCCCAGCCAGGAGUGCGUGGAGGUGCUGCUGCAGUACGGCUGCCCCGACGAGCGCUUCGUGCUCAUGGCCACCCCCAACCUGUCCCGCAAGAGCGGCGGCCGCAGCGGCGGCAGCGGGCGGGUGCCCACCGUCAUCUGAGG